AUGCCGGAGAAAAACAUUCCCUGCAAGAGGGGACCGCACCCUGCGGACGAGCCGUCGUGGAGCAGCGGCCGCGUGACCUGGGCGGGCAGUGUCCUGCUGGCGUCACCCCAGCUUUUCCUUUUCCACUUGCAAACCAUCCCAGGAGUGAACUUCACCCAGUGUGUCACCCACGGCAGUUUCCAAGAGCACUGGGAAGAAAUGGUCUACAACAUGUUCACCUUCACCACCCUAUACAUAAUCCUAUUAAGCGUCAUGAUCGUUUGCUACAUCCAAAUCAUGUGGGAGAUCAGCAAACAGCUAAAGAUCAGCAAAGGUCUGAUAAGAAGUAAAAGCAACCACAUCUCCAAGGCCCGCAUGAAGACCCUCAAGAUGACCAUAGUGAUCGUCGCUACCUUCAUCAUCUGCUGGACCCACUACUACCUCUUGGGCUUGUGGUACUGGUUCCAGCCAGACAUGAUCCAAAGGAUGCCGGACUACAUCAGCCACAGCUUCUUCCUCUUCGGCUUGCUCCACACGUGCACCGACCCCGUCAUUUAUGGGCUGUACACCCCGUCGUUCCAAGAGGACAUGCAGCUGUGUCUCAGGAGCAUCAAAAUGGUGUUUACCCAGCGGCAGAGACACAGACCUGUCUCAAGCUCGGAGAAGAACGUCAAGGAUGACGGUGUAAAUGGUGGGGUGGCAUCGGGAGGCUCCAAUGGGACCACUGUGCACACGGUGUGCUGA